CAAAAAUCGAACGACGCAAAACGACGACGAGAAGCAAGAUAAAAGGCAGUUGGCCAAUCCAUCUAUCCAACGGAGCAAGCACCAUGAUGAUGAUGCCCGCUAUCGUGCUUCUCGUUGCUCUUGGCGUCCUCUUGUCGCCAGUUGCUGCCUUGUAUGUUCCUCCCGCUCGGGCCAACUGCAUCUUUACUCUUGGACAGAAUACGUUGAAUAUGUGGGGUGGCAAUAAAUUGUCGACUCGUAAUGAAACGACACAGGCAUAUGUGGAGGAUCUUGCUAGGAAUACAGUAACCGUAAACUUUGGACAGUCACGAUUCGACGUUUCUACGAAAUACACAGCGGGCUUUAUGCCUACGAGCAUGUCGGCGAGUUGUGUACAACACCGAUCCAGAGUUGCUUGUAUCGGCGGGAUGGAUGUAAACUACCAAAGUCAGCCAAUGGUGUUGACAGUGUUUAAUCCAGACAACCCGUCGGAUCAAAGCAGCACCUCUUAUCCGUCAAUAACUCCCCGCUGGAACAUGGGUAGUGCCCUACUGGGAGACAAACUGUACAUUUUUGGAGGCCAAGCGCCAGCUGCUGCCAACGUUGAGCUUAACGCCUACCAGGACUUGUACGUCAUCAACUUGGUAUCAAAGACGCUUGAGAGUUCAACCAUCGGUACCCCUCAAAGGCGCUCCCACAUGUGCAUGGCCGACAUCAGUUUGACGUCCUUUGUGAUGUUUGGUGGAUACGCCGGUGCAUAUAAUGACGAGACAUGGAUUUACGAUGUCACUACCGGGUGGAAGGAUAUCACUGCUGAGGUGAAAGCAAAAGGUGCUUAUCCCUCAGCCCGGCAAGGCGCGCGCUGCGCAAACGUGCAAGGGUCUAUUUACAUGUUUGGUGGAAAAAACUCGGCAACGACGGGGACCAAUGACGUGUGGAGAUUUGAUCCUGCGAGUCAUUCCUGGGAACAAAUCUCUCCUUAUUUUGCUGUACCUGCGAGCACCCAGCCAUCGGCUCGCGGCUAUUCGUCGAUGCUUGCUGUUGGAAACAUUUUAGCAAUCGUUGGGGGACGGGACCUUACGGACACUGCGCAAGAUCCAAACAUGUACUUUUUCAAUGUACAGGAUCGGAAAUGGGUCGAUGACACUGCAGCUUUGGCAGCACUUCCCAAGGGAACAAAUCCUCCUCCUCCUUCCAAUAGUACCGAAGAUCGACAAAAUCCCCCCGGUGUGACCUCUGCGGAGAAGAGCACCUCUAACACUGCCGUUAUUGCUGGAGCAGCGGGCGGUGGAGCCGCAGUAGUACUGGCAGCUGCAGCCUUGAUUUUUUACGGGAAACGUCGUCGUCGACAUCCAAAAGAGUCGGGCAACGUCACGCACUGCGUUUUGCAAGCGAACCAAACGAACAAACCCAAUGAUGGGAGGCCUCCGUCUGCUCAUCCCAGUGAAGUGGCGACGCUUCAUAGCCCCAGUCCUCACGAGGAGCUCAUGAUUCCUGCGGCAUAUCAACAAGUGCCGUUGGGUCAUCAAACUUCCCAACAUACAAUGUCCUUUGACUCUGCUACGAGGAGCUCAGUUUAUCGGCCAAUAAGUUGGGACAAUGGUGGCAUGAGUCCUCGCUCCUCGAGCGUAUACCAGGGGCAUCCCGUUGCUUCCAAUUCUCCUUCCCCUAUACCGUCCAUGCACCCAAGCCACACCUCCUUUGAUAGUUCCAGUGCAUCCGAGGUGCGGCCGGUAUCGCCGCCUGUUCCGCAGUCUACUCCUCUUCUGGAACGUGGCUACACACAGAGUAGCCCACCUCCUUAUGCUACUCUUGGUGAACGGGAAUUGUCACAUCCUGUGGUUAUGCCUUUGAGAACAAUCGUACCCGCUAUGCCCGCGAUGCCCGCGAUGCCCGCGAUGCCCGCAGUGCCCGCAGUGCCCGUAAUGCCGGAAAAGCCUGCGAUACCUGCAAUGCAAGAGUAUUCCGCACCAACUAUGGCGAUCACAAAAACGGGUGUAGAAAUGGGCGAGUCUGCUGUUCCCAUGGACGUUAUCCAAAAGGCAGAAAUUCAAGUCGAGGACUCAAACAAUCAAGGUUUACCUCACAUGGGUAAAUUACGGUUCACCCCCCGAAGCAAGGCGAACACGGAUGAGAUGGAAGUAUCUCCCGGAGAUGUAAUUUACGUAAAGGAGCUUUUUAAAGAUGGAUGGGCCCAAGGUUACAAUGCUACAAAAAACGUUGCUGGAUUUUUUCCUUAUAAUUGUGUAGAGAGACGUGAUUAGAAAAGUCUAUGUAAUCCAAACGAAUGAAGUAUAUCCAAAUACAAUCAGUGUCAUGAAA